GCAGCUAGCUGGACUCCGGGCAACAACUUCCCAAACAAUAUGGUGGACGUAGUGUGAUAAUUAUACCAUACUUUUAAAUGAUAUGCAAGUAGUGAAUGGAAAUUUGCCAAUGACUUUUUAUUAGGAUAUCAUAUCUUUUCCUUCAGUAAUGGAUAAAGACGUUGCAGGGAUUCGAAUUAGUCCUGCAAGUGUUGAUUUUUAUGACACUGUGCCAGACACUGUAGAACAACUGAAUGUUACGGUUUACAACAUCAGUAAAGGCAGCAAAAGCAUAAGAUUUUAUGCCCCUAAAACAAAGAAAUUUAAAUUAAAGGUCAAGAAUCCAGAUAAACCUGUUGCUUCUGGUUUAAGUGUGCCAGCAAUAGUUGAGUACACAAGCACCGAGGAAGGAGAAUUCAAAGACAGAAUUGUUGUAACAGUUGAUGGAGAGGUUGUUGAGAUACCUAUUGCUGCUUAUCCUACCAAACCAAAGCUAGAGGUGGACCAGUCAGUGGAUUUUGGAAAUGUUGUUGCUAACAGUAAAACUAUAGCCAGAGAAAUAUCACUUGUCAACCAUGGCUCAAAGGCAGGAGAAUUCAAGAUCAAGUAUGCAGGGAAUCAGCCGAUUGCAAUUAUGCCAACAAGUGGUUCAGUACCCCCAAAGAGUGUACAACUGAUAAAGGUUGAAUUUGUUACCAAAUAUCCAGGAAAGAUAGAAGAAAUUGUCAAGGUGAAGCUUGAAGAUAAAGAAUCUAAACUACUCACUGUGCGGGCCAACCUGGUGGAGCAGGCAUUGCAGGUCCUCUCUUUGGAGACACAGGAUCCUAUCAACUGUAUACCAUUUGGUCACACUUACUACGGGUCUGAUAGGACUGAAUGUGCCUUAUUGUUCAACAAUGGCCCAGAACCUAUUAACUUUGUAGCUAUCUUAGAUGAAGAUGCUGUGGCCCAGGAGAUGGGUAUUGAUCUGACAAGGAAUACAAUGAAAGCUCUGGCAGAACAAGGGGACACUAGCAAGGUUCAAGGGGACACAAAUGAGCUUACCUCCCUUGUUACAGCCAUACCAAACCAGGGAAUCCUUCAGCCAUAUGAGAAAAUACCAGUUUUCUUCAGGUUUAGUCCAAGGUGGAAUUCCGCUAAAUCUGGCUUCAAGAACAAGAUAGCUCCUCCUCCAAGAAAAGAUUUUGCUUUGUUUAUGAAACUUCAGAUCAUUGGUUCUAAGGAAGGCUUUGAAAACUCAGGUGAUAAAGUGGUUGAGGUAGCCCUGACAGGUACAGCUUUACCUGUGCUGCUUGAUAUCUCCCCGGCAUCGAAGUACGACUUCGGCGAGGUACCUGUUGGGGAACAUGCUGAUAUAUUGUGCACUUUGAAGAACAGCUCAGAUGUUUUACCUAUCACCUACCAGUUCAGACGUAUUGCUCAUUUUAUUGCACAUCCUCCAAAUGGCAAGAUACAACCACUAGAUACACAAGAUGUUAUAUUCUCUUUUGCUCCCAAUCAAGCAGGUUUCUUCAAGCCACAACAAAUGAUAGAUGUUAUUGGCCAUGUGGCAGACAAUCGCAAUCCUACAUUAGCCCAUCUACAAAUUAUACACACCUUGCCAAUACACUUCCUCGGCCGCAGUGAUCCAAUUACCAAAUACAGAAACCCAAAAUACAACGCAGGACUGACACCAUACAUCAGUAAUGAAGUGGGUAUGUUUGUUGAUACAACAUUCUCCUCACUGGGUGAUGAACCACGGAAUGCCGUAGCUGGAGGGAGGACGGCAAAGUUACACAACAAGCUUGCCAAGUCCACAGCAGAGGAAGACUGGAGCACCAAGGUCGCCUUUCCCAAUGACAGGGCACAUAGUAUUAGACCCAGUGAUAGAAAAGAUGAAUACAAUUAUGAUGAUUUUGUCUGGCCUGACCACUUGCGGAUGAGUCAGUUACGCUGUCCUUGCUGCCUUGUUACCUUGCUCAAUAAAUACAAAAAAUCCUCCGAUAAGAUAACUGCUGUACCAAGUCAUGGGACAAUAUUUACACGUACAAAGCGUCACACAUACAUUGACCCAGACUACGCUCAUAUUGAUGAUGAUGAUGUGAAGAAAUGGCGACAUCGUGACAGCUAUGUUCAGUUGAUCAGAGAAAUGAAAGAGAGAAGAAUGAACAAGAAGAAAAGAAGGGAGUUUAAGGAGACAAACACAUCUACAGAUAUUGGUAUUAAACCAGCAGCAGGGAUAAGCCCAAAGAAACUUCUUCUUGAAGAGAUCAAACCUGAUCCUAAAGUGUCAGAUAUGAUCAGUGAUGCACCUCCACCUCCAAAUCAAGACUUCAAAUUACUGAGCAGUAAAAGUCUGUCAGCCACCAUGAAGUCUGUUACAAGUCAACCUGUUAAAGAUGGUUUAAAUGCUGUACCUACCACACCCAAAGAGAAAAUUGACUGCUCCAAAUUUCUGACACCACAAGAACAGCAUCAAGUUGUCAUUGGUCCUGCAGUACUUGACUUUGGGUCAGUAUGUUUGAGGUCAAUUUCUACAAAGCACCUAGAGAUUGUCAAUAACCUGGAUCAGAAUGUGCUUGUAGUAGCAGAGAUUGACUGUAGAGAGUUGAGACAAAGUAGUCCACUAUCUCAGGUUGUUCCACCGAAGUCAAAAGCAAACAUUCCAAUUAUCUUUGAAUCAAACCAGAAACAAAAGUUUCAGAGGUCAGUGAGUUACACAGUGAACAAUUACCACAAGCAUCAUGUGACAGUGUUAGCUGAGGUUGUACCGGUAGCUCUACAACUGUCAACUGAUGAACUUGUCUUGAAACCUUCAUUUGGUCUACCCAGUGAUGCUGGUUUCCGAGGCAUUAUCACUUUGUACAACAAGCUAAACUAUCCUGCUGAGUUUACCUGGGCCCCUAACCUAGGAGAGAAAGGGACAGCAUUUUCUAUCCGGCCUGCUACAGGAGUUGUUGACCCAUUUAAGGACCUUGACUGUGAAGUGGUCUGGCACCCCUCCUUCCUUGCACCAGAGGAUGGUUCCUUCUCACUGAUGAUUCACAGUGGCAGCACGCUACAGCUGAAAUGCAAGGCAGAGCUUGGUCAAACAAAUGUACAGUUUGUGGAAAGACGGAUCAUGUUUGGACAGGUACCAGUGAAUCUAUGCACGACCCGCAAUGUUCUUCUGGCCAACAUUGGACAUAAUCAUGCAUAUUUCCAGGUGAAUGAUCCUAACCCCUUCCCAGGGUUACAGGUGAGCCCCUUACAUGGUGUGGUACCUGUUGGAGGUCAUGCUGAGCUACAGGUCAAGCUGACACCAGAUGCCAUACUCAAGUUCGAUACUAGAGUACAAGUUGCCAUCAAAGGAGGAAAGAAUCUAGAGCUGAGAAUGGGAGGGACAGUGGAACCACCAACAGUUGAUAUUGACCUGCCGAGCUUUAACUUCGGUGGUGUGUACUGUGGCUCAGGAUCAACAUUGACUUUCAAACUUACAAACAGGAUGUUGACAAAAGCCAAGUUGGAGUUUGAUUUGUCAAGAUAUAAAGACUUUAACCUCAAUUUCCCAGGAUACCAAACACAGGAGGAUUACACAUUCCAAGUGCUCAAUCCUGGCAUGUUCUCUAUUACACUACAACCAGAGGAAACAGUGGAGGGAGAACUUAUCUUUAUGCCUACUGAGGUAGCUGCCUAUGACUUUGAACUGCCAACAAUUAUCAACCAUACAGGGGCUCCCUCUCCUGCUCCAACCCCGUUCCCACCAACUCCUGCCCCAUCAAACAAGAACAGCCUCCAGCACAUCAUAAACCCAAAGCCACAGCCAUACACAGUGAUCACACCCAGGAAGCACGUGAUUGCUACAGCUCUACGUCAACCUCUCCAGCUGUCCACCAACAAGAUAGAAAUGUUUGCACCAGCAUCUUUCUACGAUACAUCAGUACAGUCCGGACAGAUGCAGUCAAAAGGCACCAUAUUUGUCAACAACAGUGACAAUGAUAUCAAAUGGGGAAUUGACUUGAGGAGUAACAAUCCAGCUAUUACAGAAGGAUUUUUCAAAUUCAUUCACCCCUCUGGAGCACCCUUUACAAACCCCACUGGGGAAGAGACAAAGGGCAUUGAGGGUGAUCUGAAACCAGGGGAGACACAGCAUGUUGCUGUCAUGUUCUGUCCUAAGGAGCCAGGCAGGUAUGAGGUCCUGCUUCCAGUUAUCCUCAAUGACAACUAUGAGAAACCCUACCAGUACCUACAAGUGGUUGCGGAACUCAAAGCUCCUAAACUCUGGUUUGAUCCUCUGGCCAUAGUGCUCACACCAGUUCCUUUAUUAACGGAGGUCAGCUCAGAGUUCACCAUGUUUGCAGCUCAGUUUAGAAAUCAAACAAAGAUUAUUGUGGAGACACCAGAAGUUGAGUGUGAAGAUGGCACUAAAAUCUCACCUCUCAAGGUCACUUUUCCAGAAAGUCAAGAGGUUAAGCCGUGUUGUGGUGAUGAAGGUCAAAUAGAACCAUUCAGCCUGCCAUGUAAGGUGACAUUUGCUAGCCCUAAACCAGUCUCAUUUGCCGAGAACAUCAUUUUCACUUUUGAAGGCUGUAAGAAACCAUUCAAGCUGAUGGUGACAGCGACAGCUGAUAACUGCCUGUUAACAUGCUAUCCUUUUCUGGCUCUGCACAGGACUGACCACCAGAUUGUCUGUGAACAGGGUUCAACACCAAAAGGUCAGAAAACCGUUUCUAAAGAGAGUUUGGACCACUUGGGUGAAGCAGUAUUUAUUCCUUGCCAGACCCCAAACCAGACAAGCAGACCCAGCACAAGUGCAACAAGCUCCAACUUCCAGGUCUCAUCCUCCAGUUAUGAGUCAUCUGAGAGCACAACUGAUUCAACAGAUGGCAGCACGCCAAUAAAUAGAGAUGGAGCCAAGAAUAAGCCACCAUCAGGUUCAGAUCACCAAGUGUUGUCUCGACAGAAUGACCUUGCCUCAAGGUCACUGGGGUCAGCCAUGUUUCCAGACGAGGAUUCAGAAGAAGGAAUCUUCCAUAUGGAGGUGCUGCUGGCUGUACAGAGAUGGUUCUCAGCUCAGGGUUGGCCUGGGGGACCGUUCCCCAUCACUAUACCUCAUUCACUCAGGAUGGGUUUGUGUGGCACACAAGAAGGAAGAGGAAUCAGUCGUAAACCAGUGGAGGAGGAGAAGGGUGCUAAGGCUGGAAGCUGGGACACAAACAACCUGAAGAAAGAGUUCAAGACAAUUUAUGACAUGAUCAGUAACCUGGCUGGCAGAUCUGUACCUGGGAUACCACUCAACGGUCACCUACCCUCGGACCCUAUAGAGAGGGUAAAGCAAGUGUUCUGGCAGCACUCCACACUGCUCACAUUCUUGAAAUGUCAGGGAGCAUGUGUGGCCUCAGUGAAGCCUGAAUACCUAAUGGAUCCUCGUGAUUACCAUCUAUGGAAGCAGAUACAGGCUGAGUUCCGGUUAGAGCUGGAACGAAAAGGAAAUUUUGAACAGGCAGCACAAUUUCCUAUUGAGGAGGAGCUGGAGGACGAUGUGUUUGAGGCCGUGUCUAAACGAGCAUGGACAGAUAUACUGCUGCAAAUACUCAAGACUCUUGUACUGGCCAAGGUCACACCAAGAACCCUGAAGAACACCCCAUCCCCUGACAAGAACAUCAGUAUGCCAGAGAUAAACCCUGAUCCAUUCAGUAGUAACAUCUACAACAUGGGUGAGAGGAUCAUACUGGCCUGGCUCAAUCAUCACUAUGAACAUUACAGGCAGAAAGUCUGGCUCAACUGUGAGAAAGGUGGGAUACCUCCUGCUCGAUGGAUAGUGAACUAUGAUUUUGACCUACUAGAUGGUCUGGUACUGGGUGCUGUGCUUGGAGCUCAUAUGCCUUUCUUGAUAAAAACACAUCUUGAGGACAUGUAUACACGACCUGCGACAGCUGAGCAGUGUUUACACAAUGCUCUCAAAGUGACAAAUGCAAUGAGAUAUGCUGGUAUAGACUAUGACAUCCAGGCUAUAGACAUCACAGAUCCAAACCCUAUAGCCCUGCUUCUACUGUGUGCAAAUCUGUACCAGAGACUGCCGCAGUAUCUACCAAAAGCUACUGUUGAAUUCUCAGGACCACUGCAUAAUACUGUAUCCAGACAGGUGAAGUUGAGCAAUCCAAGUGGAAAGCCUUUAGUAUACCAGGUCCUGCUAGCGGGUCAUGAUGCGAGAGACUUCCGAGUACCAAAAGGUGACUUUGUGUCAAUACCACCCAAGUCUACCCUGCCUCUAAGUGUUGAGUUCACCAGCCGCUUCCUGAGACCUUCUGAGGCCAUUCUUGUUCUGGUUGGGCGCAGACAAGGGUCAGCUGUGGGAUCAACCCUCACCUUCAGUCUCUGCACCCAGGUUGAAAACAUUGCUCCUAAGAAAUUUAAAGAUCCAGAGAAAGUGAUAAAGUGUGAGUCACCAUGCUAUGAGCUUGAGAAGAUCAACCUUGAUGUCACAAACCCAUUCUCAGAGGCUGGAGAGUUCAGGAUUGUUCUUGUAGAGGCCAGUGGAGCCCUGCUGGAUCCUGGCAAGAGUGCUGCGAUACUUAAACGCAAGGAGAAAAAGAGAAAAAGAAUUAGGUCAAAGAUUGAUUCAGGUAUUGUACGACCAGAAACCCCACCUUCUCCACCUCCAAAGAUCUCUGAUACACUACAGAUGCAGAAAGAGGAUGAUGAAAACAUGAUGAGUGCCUUCUACAGUCCAGUAUCCAGUGUUUACCUGGAUGCUUAUUCCAGUACAACAGUAGAGAUCCACUUCCUGCCCUUCAAUGUUGGAGAGCGCCAGUGCUCUGUGAUCUUCUUAAAUGAGGAAGUAGGCGAGUUCUUGUACUCUAUAGAGGCAAAGUCAACCAUGCCACUCCCAGAUGUUGUACCGUUUGUGAAGACAACACACAGUGUUAGGAUAAGCAGUGCUGCUGCAGCAGGUACAGGAAAGGGACUGUUUGGAGGAGACGAACGUGUGGUGUACUGGAAGUGUGAGGCUGGACAGGAGUUACAGGAAUAUCUGACUGUACCAUUUACUAAUCAGGCUCGAGAAAAAGCCCUCCUACUAGCUUCACAGCAGCGCAUGACAGAUGUUGAGUUUACACGUCGUGUUGCCACGGGAACACUGCACUGUAGCAAUGUGGCUGCACAAACUAUCACAAAAUUAUCUAGUGACCCACAAACAGCAAUCAAGAAAGCUAAAGAACGUGGACCUAGAGGCCAGACUUACAAAGUUGAGGUUGACUCCAGUCAUUUCAAACUGCCAGAUAAAUUGUUUAUUCCCCCAUCAGGUGAAAGGUCACAGAGUGCUCCAACUGGCAAGAAUGUCUAUAUAGCCUCACCAAAUAGGCAUGGAAAGAUUGAGAUUCCAGUGAAAUUUUACGCUGAGGAUCCUGGUCACUACCCAGUUGAAAUAAUAUUGCGAGGUACGGAUGAUGUACGAGUGUUCAGGAUAGAAUGUACAGUUAACCCAGAGGGAAGCACUGCAGAAAUAAACUUCACAUCACCUGUACACCAGAAUGUUACACAGGAAAUACCACUGGUAAACAUGACCAACCAUGACUGGCCACUUCAGGCACAUAUAACAGGAAAUGGGUUCCAUGGUCCAUCAAGUAUCCUAGCAAAAGCUUACCAGACUUCAAAAUAUCCACUUGUUUUCAGGCCACAGAAUGAAAACCCUGUCACUGGCAAGCUUGUUUUGACAAACAGGGAGGAUGGUACUGAACAUGUGUUCCACUUGAGUGGAACAGCAGAGAAACCCUUGGCUCUAGAACAUGUAGUGCUCAAGUCACAGGUCAAGAAAACGUUAACAUAUGAUUUGAAGAUUCCAAAUGUGACUAGAAAGAAAUUAUGCUACAAGGUUGAAUCUGACCUAUCAAUAGUGAGUGGUAACCAGUCUAUAAGUGUGUUACCAGGGCAACAAACAAUGUACAAAAUGACAGUAGCCCCUGUAAGACGUGGAGUAUUCAAGGGGGUUAUUGCUUUCGUAGCUGGCAAAAAUCCAGUAGUUGAGGUAGAUAGUGAUGGUGAUGAGAUGCCAGACGAGGAUGAGGAGACGAGACAGUUCUAUGGUUACAGGGUGUGGUACUCCCUAGAGAUACAUGUCAAACCAUCGCCACCAGAACGUGUCCUAGAGGUCACUUGUUCUUGUCAGAAGAAGCAGUUAUUGGAGGUGAUAGUGAGAAACCCCACACAGCACGAGGUCACUCUGGAAGCUACAAUAGCUGGGCGUGACCUGUCUGGUGCCCCAUCUAUCACACUUCCAGCUGGCUCCAAAGAUGUUUAUACAUUACAGUAUGCUCCAGCUGUGAUUGGACAAACCAAGGGCAGUUUGAUAUUUUACCAUGAGAUGGUAGGAGAGUUCUGGUAUUUGCUGAAGUUAAUGGCAGAAUCACCGACUCAGACUACACUUCCACACAUGCAGUGUGAACUUGGCAGGUGGACAAAGCAGAAUAUAUUACUUGAUAACCCAACAGAUGAGACCCUAGAACUUAUCCCCUCGGUAUCCAAUACAAACAAUUUCUCCCUGGAACGCGACAAUGAGCGACCAAUCAUCCUGGCACCAAACUCACGACUUGAGAUACCGUUGCAUUUUAUGCCUUCAGCACUUGGAGAGGGAGACCAUCUGUCAAAGAUUUGCUUCCUGAGUGAACAGUUGGGAGAGUGGGUGUUUGUGGCAUCUGGCACUGGACUGUUACCACAAACCCAAGACCCUGUGAGUGUGUUUACUGUUGCGGGCUCAAACACAACUCUGAUCAUACCAUUUAGAAACCCCAUGGACCAAGCUGUACUCUGUGAAGUUAUGCUUAGAGACAAGAACUCCACCCUUGAAGAAACGUUAGAAGGUAGUCCAUCAGAAGAAAAUUCUCCAUUCUGUCUGCUGCUUAAACGUAAAGGAGGGAUUCGUGUGGGCCCAAAAUCUACCCUAGAUAUCCCGGUAUGCUUUGCUCCAACAGAGAUGAAAAUGUACGAGGCUAUCUGCACAGUGAUUGUGACAAGAGAAGAUGGUGAGAAAUGGCAGUAUGCUCCCAGAGAUACACAAGGGUACCAGUUGUCUAGGACAGGCAGUGAAGGGGUCAGUGAAGUGCGCUGGGUGUUUCCUAUCCAGGGUAUCCCUGAAUCAAGACCCAUCAAGGAGUCAUAUGGGGCUGUUAUUGAGUGUAAGGCCAGGGACAGACUGGAGGAGAGGUUAGAGGUCACAUUGGCUGGAGUUGCCCCUGUAACUUCAGGUCCACAGAGGUCAAUCUAUACACGAUCCAUCACUCCAAAGAAUGAGUCACCAAAAUUACCAGAUGGAAUUGUGGUUGGAGAAACACUAGCAGUAGCUGAAGAGUUUACAUAUGAGCUGUCGUACAAGGACCCCGAGACCAAGGAGAAUCUUCAGAACUCUGUUGCCCUCAAGUUGGUACGCCAGCACCGAGACACAGCAUCUGGACUUGUGGUGCUUGUAUUCAAUGUGAUCUUCAAUCCAUUCAGAACUAUGGACUAUGGGGUGACCUUAGAAGUGAAGGCCUCACAGGGUGGAGUUUGGAAGUUUCCAAUCCGGUUCCUGGCACUGGAACCUCCGGUAGAUGAUCUUAUAGAUAUUGAGGCAACUGGGCUUGGCAAGGAGUCAUCUGUUGGUUUCCGGCUCACUAGUCAAACUAAGUAUCCUUUACAAUACAAUGCAUAUUUCUCUGCUGGAAGUGAUCCAGAAUUCACCAUUUCCCCAGCAACAGGAGAGUUACUUCCUCUAGGUAGUAAUGGAACACUUGUAAGAGUUGGUUUCUGUCCAUCUGUGUAUGGAAAAAUAUAUACUGGAAAACUUAUUAUACAGACACCAGAUAUGCAGUGGAGUUACAAUGUACGUGGAGUACUGCCAGAUUAUGCCCCACCCAGGGGAGUCUCCUCCCAUCCCAUGAGAGGACCACACCCAGAUCCCAGAAUGAGGGGACAGAGAGUUAAUUACAUUUUAGACAAUAUAAGACUAAAAACUACUGCCGUCUCGUCGCCAAUUAAAGGGGCACCUGUAUUACAAAGACUAAAAAUUUCUUAAAUAUCAGUGAUCAAAACAGUGAAAAAUGAACAAAAAUAGAUGUGUUUUAAGAGAUUGUGCAAGAUAUAAUUCAGAUCAUGUAACUGUAUGGAUUACAUUUUAUGUAAAGCUGUUGUUAAACUUUUAUUGUAUUAAUAUUGAACAGUAUUUUGUAAACAUGAAUAUUUACCAUCAAAGUAUUGUUGUUAUGUCUUGUGACCUAUUUGUUAUCACCCAAGUGCUUUGUACUGUGAUAGUGAUAUCCUGCCAAAAUGUCAACAUUUUUUGUUGAUAUAACAACAUGGUUAUAAAGUAUAUUCUUGUAACAGAAAUAUGUUUGAUUUAAAAUUUAAGGUUCAUGUAAAUCCUUGUUUAUGUAAAUCGUAUAUUUUGUCAAUUAAAAUUUAACUUGCACAUUUGUAUCUUCUGAGAGUUAUGCAGUUUUUACUUUUUUUUAUAUGAGGUCUAAGUUGACUGAUUAAUAUUUUAUCUAUAAUGGUUUUAUGGUUUAAACUGAAAUGAAAUUGUUUGCUUUUACAAAACUUAUAAAUCAACUACUCAAAGAUAGUACAAUUUAUUAUCAUCUAUUUGUUAUUCCUUAAGGAAACAUGCUUUUAGUUUUAUUUUAUCAUAGCGUUUCUAUGCUCGCUAUUUCGAAGUGUAAAUCAAGCUAGCUUCCCUUAAUAAUAUUAUUUCCUUUAUACUGUUCUUGCAUUAAAAGAAAUUUAUUAACACAGAGUCUGUCUCUCAAAGUUCUGUUUUGAAUUUUUGAAUCUGGGAUUAUCAAAAAUGAUGUUAUAUUUAUUUUCUUUUUCUAGUAUGUUGUGUUAAACUGUGAUAGUUUUAUAUGAACAAUAUUCAUUGUACAUGCUGAAGCACUUUGUAAAACUGUGAUAUUUUUACCAAAAUGUAGCUGUGUGUAAACAUAUGUGUUAUUGGAUUUGAACAUAAAAAUUUAUUAUAAACAUUAAAUGUACAAAUAAUGUUGUUGAACAUGUUAAAAUGUUUAUUUGAAUAAUAUCUAAACUUCAGUGUUUAUUUGACUGAAAAUUUCUAAACUAUAUUUACAAAUUUCAGCAUUUCUGAUGUGAUUUUCGAAAUACACUUUUGUAUAGAAAUUAAACUAUGUCAUUACAAAAUG